UUUCAGAAUUGUUCGCGAAAAAUGGACAACUCGAAUAAUGUGAUGUCGAAAUUGCAGAAACUUCGACUUGAAUCGAAAUUUCCGAACGGCUCCACACUCGUCGAAAAUCAAUUGCUCUUGGAUGUCAAAUCGCUUUGCGCAGAACUACUCGAAGAACAGAAGUCGCUAAAGAAGAGACUUCAAAAAGUUGAAGAAAAUCAAAAAAUUGAGAACGCAAAGAUCAAGGAGGAGCUGGAAAAUCUGAAGAAUGGCGGAAACCGAGUUGCGGACAAUUCACUUUUUGAAAUUUUCGUGUUCGAUGAUUACAAGUACCACGCUGUCGAAGUACGAAAUUCUUAUUUGAUUCGUUAUGUAAGAGUGAAGGUGGCGAAUCUGCUCAACAACGAUUUGGUUGAAAGUUUUAAUCUGUAUUAUGGUGGUCAGAAGCUUCAGGACAAUCGCUCGAUUGGAUCUUACAAUAUUGAUCAGUCUCGAGAAAUUUAUCUAAAAAAAAAAAAAAAAUUAUCUACCCUGCUCUUGAACGUUACUAUGAUUAUUAAUUUGUUACCUGCCAAUUUGAUAUAAUUUGUUAAUCUUAUUUUUGUAAUAAAUUUUUUUUUUGAAUAUAAACUGGAUAUGGAUUU